UUGCGCUGCCACUCACAACACCCGCCAUAUACGACAGAAGACGACCGAGAGUCUCUUCGCCACCGACAAGUCCUCCGAAAGCCGUCCGCGCUUUCGCAAACAACAACCGCAAUCAUGGCUCCCAAAAAGAAGCAAGAGAAGAUGGCCUUGGGCGACUUCUUGACGAACCAAUCGCUCGGAUCAUGGGCCGACGAGAUGGACUCGCAGCCUCUUCCACAAACCUCGUCGACUGGCUACAGCGCACGCGACCGUGGCGGUGCCGGUGAGGGCCGCGCCUUCGCCUCGUCCUCGUGGGAACGCAGCGGCGCAGGUACCUCUGGUGGAUCUGGUAUGGGCUCGAGCAUGGGAGGAGGAUCAAGCUUUGACCGUCCUCGAUACGACCGGGAGGAGAUUCCUUUCCCAACGAGACCACCAUACACCGCUCAUCUUGGAAACUUGGACUACAAUGUGACGUCUGUGGACAUUGAGGAGUUCCUCUCGGACUGCUCCGUCACGACUGUACGCAUCAUGGAGGACAAGGUUGACCGCAAGCCAAAGGGCUUUGGAUACGUCGAAUUUGGCUCUCCCGAAGGCCUGCGCCAGGCGCUCACCAAGUCCGAGUCCAGCUUUAUGGGCCGUAACAUCAAGAUCAGCGUCGCUGAUCCACCGAAAAACGAUCGUCCCGAGCAAACCCGCGACUUCUCCGACUGGAGCCGCCGUGGCCCUCUUCCAGAUCUCCCAAAUCAGGAGCGACAAGGCUCCAACCGUGGCUUCCCAAGCCGAAGCUUCGAUAACAGGUCCGAUGCAGGCAGCGAGCGCGAUGGUCCUGGAGGACGCAAGCCAGGAUUCUUCGAAGGAGACGGUAAGGUGCGCGAUUUCUCCAACUGGGAGCGGAAGGGACCUUUGUCGCCAGCUCCUGGAGCUGGACCACCAGUCCGCGAUGGCGGUCGACUUCGCGAGCCAGGUCCACCACGCGAGCGGGAGGGUGCUUCAUGGGGCGAGGGCCGGGGUGAGGGUCAGUCAGAUGCCGGAUCGAGGCCACCGCGCAAGGAGUUUGAGCCACGCCCAGUCGUUGACCGCGUGCCGACUGCCGCAGAGCAGGACAACCAAUGGCGCUCCAAAAUGCGUCCAGAUCCAUCUCCCGCUGCAACACCGGACGUCUCGACACCUGCGUCGCCAGCGCAACCAGAGGCUCCCAAGGAGCGAGUCAGACUGAACUUGGCAAAGCGCACUGUAUCUACAGCAGAGACAAACGCAGCCAGCACAUCAUCCGGAGACGCCAAGGCUUCGCCGUUUGGGGCUGCCCGUCCGAUCGACACCCAGCAGCGUGAAAAGGAGAUCGAGGAGAAGCGCGAAGCCGCAGCCAAGGAGAAGAAGGCGGCCGACGACAAGGCAAAGGAGGAGAAGGCCGCGCGCGAAACCGAGGCCAGAGCUGCCCGUGGCGACCGCGCGGACCGUGCUCAGGCCGAGGGCGAGACUGUGACCUCGCCCACUGGUGAGCGUCCCAAGGGCGAUCGUCGUCCUUCUCGCCAACAACAAAAUGGUGCUAAGCAGCAGCCAAAGGAGAACGGUGAGGCUGCGCGAGAACGCCCAAGCUUCAGCAUUCUUCAGCGCGAGGAGGGUGAGGAUGCUGGCGCGGCCGAUGCCGUCGAUGCAUCGGCGAACGGCAAGAUCAUUGGCGACAAGGAGACGAAGCCGCAAGAAAUUGUUGUGCCGGCUGACGGCAGUGCGGCUAAUGAGACGACCGCGGAGGGACUUGAGGAUGAUGGAUGGAGCACGGUGGCAGCCAAGCCCAAGAACAACCGCCGUGGAGGCGGCAGAGCGAUUGCUUCCUAG